AUGGAAGUUCGAGCUCUAGAGGUCCUAAUGUUCCCUGUACUACUGGAUGAUGAGUCCUUAUUCACUGAAUUUGAAAAAUUCAUUGAAGCAGUUGAUAAUAUGCACGAACUGGCUCUGGCUGGACAGCAACAGUUUCCGGGUGUUUAUGCAUUAUUUUUCUUCAAAAGAAGAGUGCGCUCUGUUGGUCAUCGUUUAGCUGGUUCUAUGGGAAAACUGAGGAGAGCAACAGACUUGGAACCCUUGCAGCCUUUGCUUAAGAAAUUCAUCGGCUUCUUGGAGACUGAAGUGUUACCAUCAACUUUGAAAACUUUAAGGCCAAGAGUGCAGCUGGAACGCAUGUCCAUAUGGCUUGGAAUAAAAUCACUGCUUGGGUUUUUGGAACCUCCAGCUUUUGAAGAAGGCAUAUUAGAGCGCUAUCCCAUUUUUCUUGAUAUUGUACUCAACCAUAUUAGUGGUGACUCAUUAGAAUUCUCUCAUGCAGUUGCUUGCUUGAGAAUACUCUUUGAAAUGCUUGGUUGUAAACUUUGGCUGAGAUCUACAUUGUCUCCAAGUGUGAUGCGCAAUACUCUACUGGGCCAGUGUUUUCAUACUCGAAACGAGAAGAGCCAUAAGGACAUUUUCGAUCUUUUUCAGCCUUUUCUGCAGGCAUGUCUGUGA